AUGUCGAAUUCUCCAGAGUUCCUGCGGUUCACCGGCCACCGAUCAUUCACCAAGCGUCUCACACUCUCCACCCUAACCGGCCGACCAGUACACAUAUCCAAGAUCCGAAGCACAUCCCCCACCAACCCGGGCCUGGCACCACACGAGAUAUCUUUUCUCCGACUUCUCGAAGCCAUUACCAAUGGCAGUUCUAUGCAAAUCUCCUACACCGGUACAACCAUAACCUAUCACCCGGGCCUCAUCACAGGCGUAAUUGCCGGCCAAGGCGCCACCGACGGGGAUGUCCUCGUGCACAAGAUUCCCGACACCUGCACUCGCGGCAUCACAUACUUCCUCCUCCCACUAUGCCUCCUGGCUCCCUUCUCAAAAGCCCACAUGAAUGUACGCUUCUCCGGUGCUGGCGUCAUCACAUCCGCCACGGAAACAGGCGACGUUUCCGUCGACACCUUCCGAACAGCCAUCCUCCCUCUUUUUGCGCUCUUUGGCAUCCCGCCCGUCCGGAUCGAACUGCGAGUCCUGCAAAGAUCAUGCGCGGGACCCGGUGGCAAGGGGGGAGGCGGGUGCGUUGAGCUCCGGUUUGCGAGUCAAGUUAGGCUACCAAAGACGCUACACCUGAACCGCAGCCCGGGGCGAAUAAAGAGAAUACGUGGGGUGGCAUACAGCACAGGAGUAUCCGCCUCCAAUAACGGGCGAAUGAUUCACUCUGCCCGUGAGGUUCUCAACCCUCUGGUGGCGGACAUACACGUCGCGGCGCAAUAUGAUCAGGCGCCGCUGGUGCCUACCGGCGACAAGGCCGGUAGCAAACGUCGACUAGGAAUUGGGUUUGGCCUGAGUCUUGUUGCCGAAUCGAGUGCGGCCGGUAUUCUCUACUCGGCUGACGUGGUGGUUCCUCCGUCGGGCGGCAUGGUUCCAGAGGAUAUUGGCAAGAAGUGUGCGUAUCAGCUACUGGAGGCGAUUGCGGAAGGCGGUUGCGCCACCCAAAUAUCAGCGAGCGCCAUGCUGAUACUCAUGGCGAUGGGCUCAGAAGAUGUUGGUCGGUUAAGAAUAGGAAAGAAAGUUCUGGCGACGGAGGAUAUGGUUUCCCUGGCGCGGGACUUGAGGACAUUUGGUGCCAGCAGUUGGGGCCUGAGAGACGUGGAGGAUGACGAAUCCGGAGAUAUUAUUGUUUCAGUCAAGGGAACAGGUGUUGGUAAUGUGGGCAGAAAGAUAGCCUAG